AUGAGCGGCUCAUAGUUCUCACUUUGCUAAUUGGUUCAACUGGAGGUGGCUGCCCGCUGUAAUGCGAUUCCAAGUGCUGGUGGGAUUGGAGAGUAGGAGGCCAGUCCGGAAGUACGGCAACGGACAUUUGUUUAGUACGGCAUUGCGCAAUGAGAUUUGUACGCAUAUAAGCAUGCAGUUUUUAUCCCCUCAUCUUUCAUGAGCAAACACCUCGAGCAAUGGCCUAAAGGCAGCCGGAAGACGGUUCUUUUAUAUAACACACGUUCCACGUUACGCUUGUGGGCCAUGAGCGACUAGAAAGAGCACAUAGCGAGGCCGUCAUCCAGAAAUCACCCUCAACAUGGACAUGGGCGGUGACAGACCGUCGUCCUCUGCACCGCUCACUCCAACUGGCGUAGACUUUUCCAACGAGACACAGGCGUUUGACUUCUUGCAAGAGAUUCUCGAUGACUCGGUUUUGGGCCCAGUCGGUAACCAGUAUGCACGAUAUUUCUGGUAUGGAGUUGUUUCAGUCAUUGGCAUAGCGAGUAUCUGCAACUUUGUGCAGAGAUGCGUAUUACGGAUGAGACUCAGAGCAAGCGCAAGAAACCGCUCAAGGCCUGCAAAGCCCGCGAAUCCUUUCACGCAAUCCAUUGCGACCACAGCAGCCCUCCUUCGAGAACCGAGCUAUCCUCAGAUCACGCCUCUGGCAGCAUCGAGUUGGUUAAAAGUGCCUCCGCUGGGCCAUGUCUACAUCAUUACUGCGUAUUUGGCUUUUAUCUUGGCUCUGGUGUUUAUCAACAAUAACAUCCCUGGUGCACAACACUUCCAAGCUCUCGGUAUACGUGCUGGAUGGCUCGGAGCAGCCCAAGUGCCGCUGCUGGUACUAACAUCAAGCAAAACAAGCCUCAUUGGCUUCCUCGUCAACUCGUCUGUGGAACGACUCAACGUCUACCACCGAUGGGUCUCACGUGGCUUGCUACUGCUGGCAACUUUGCACUUUGGACUGCAGAGUCAUGCCUGGAACAUCUAUGGCUUGAUGGUCCUCGAAUGGAAAACUGACGAGUGCACACCCACAGGCAUCUCUGCGUAUGCCCUCUUGCUCUGGAUGAAUCUGACCUCGCUGGCACCGUUGCGCUUCUUCAAGUAUAAAAUAUUUGUCGUGCAGCAUUUGCUCACGUAUUUUGGCUUCACAGUUGCGCUUGUCUAUCACCUGUACGGAACGUCAUCGCCCUAUUCGACAAAUUACAUCUACAUUAGCAUUGCCUUGUAUCUGGUCGGUCAGUUGGUUCGCUUUGUGAGGAUGGUUAUUGUCAACAUUCGGCCAAGUAGAGCGGCCCUGACACCCCUAGAGGGCAGCGCAACCAAAAUCCGGCUCUCUAGCCCUGGAAUCAAGUCAUGGCAGCCAGGGUCGUAUGUACGCCUGUUCAUUCCCCGAUUCAACGUUGUGCAGGGGCACCCAGCGACGAUAUUGUCGACCCCAUCGUCGCAUGGAGGUGACAUGGUGUUUAUUCUGCGGUCAUGCGGCAGCUUCACCAAACGACUUCUCAAAGCUGCCCAGAUUGAGGGGCAUCAAUCUAUGCAUCUGACGCUCAUUGACGGGCCGUAUCCUAGCCCACAUGCAGAUUUUGCCUGCUUCGAUACGCUGGUCCUCAUUGCCGGGUCGACUGGAGUAACCUUUACCCUCUCUGUUCUUCAGGAUAUUGCACAGCGUGCCAAAACGCACAAGAUUCUUCCCCUUCGAACCCUCCAUUUCACCUGGGUAAUUAAACACCAGAGUUGGAUAUCCUGGGUCUCUGAAGAGCUGCGCACAACGUUUAGCAUGCUGCAAGAGGCAGGUGUUGAGACGCUCUGCAAUAUUCAUAUCACAGGCGAAGAAAGCAUUUCUAGCGACAAAGAGUCUGCUGGAAGAGGUCGACCACGGGAACAAGAAAAAGAACAAGACGGUGAAGUUGAUGGACCACUUGUUCUUGACGACGAGCAGACUGAAGUCUCGAAAUCGCAGAACCGUCGGACAUCAGAUGCAGACAUCUCGUUCGCGGAGCUGCAUGUGGGACGGCCUACGUUCCGAACUAUGCUUGAAAGAAGAGUCAACCAGGCGCAAGGCGAGACGGCCGUUGCGGUCUGUGGUCCGUUAGGGCUAUCAGUGGCCGUGAGGUCAGCCGUGGUGAGGAUAAGUGAUGAUUUGGCUGUCGACAAAGGGAGCGGACUGGAUGGACUAUACUUGCAUGUCGAGAAUUUCGACUAGUUGUGGAGGAUUCAUAUUAACAGCCCGUCUGCCAGAUCGUGGCUCACCUCAUUCUUCAUUUUUUUAAUUGAAUUGGGGAUGGUAAAUGAGCGCAAACAUAAUACGUGUGUAUAUGCAUGCGUGGAUGAAUUCACUAUACUUUGGUAACAUCUUUGCAAUUCAGUAAAGCCUUC